ACAGUAUACUAUAAUCAUCAUUAGUUGAUUCAGCCAUAAAAAGAAAGAAUCCCGAGAAUAGGAGAUAGAAUAACACAAGUAUUCCUGACAUGGCCACCGGCAUCAAGCAUCAUUUUAUUGCAAACAAGACCCUGUAAGAAUACAAAGAAAAAAUGGGAAAAAAAGUCCCAUUCCUUAUAUUUUCGUUUCUUUAGGGCCAAUCAAUAUCCUCCAAAUUAGUAUCACCAUAGCUAGAACUUGUUGGUAAAGAAAAUCAUGGAUUGUCAAGAGGAGCUGGAUCAGCCAAUCCUGAACUCCAUGGGUGGUCAGCUGCCACCAACUCACGAGUCAUCAGAAGCCAGUCGUGACCAUGUCCAUGAGGUGGACUCUAGACUUGAGAAAGUUUUGUCAGGAACCGAGCUGUCAUUUUGCAGGCGUCUCCGAUUGGCCUUAAGGAUUGAACUGAGUCUCCUCUUCCGCCUGGCAGCACCGGCGGUUUUUGUUUAUAUGAUCAACAAUUUCAUGUCCUUAUCCACUCGUGUCUUUUGUGGUCAUCUAGGCAAUCUUGAGUUGGCCGCAGCCUCACUUGGCAACAGCGGCAUCCAACUCCUUGCCUAUGGCCUCAUGCUAGGAAUGGGAAGUGCUGUAGAAACUCUAUGCGGACAAGCUUAUGGGGCCCUUAGAUAUGACAUGUUAGGGGUAUAUCUUCAAAGAUCAACCAUUGUCCUUACUCUAACAGGGAUUCCACUGACGGUGGUGUAUGUCUUGUCCAAGCCAAUCUUGAUCUUACUAGGCGAAUCGACCGAGGUUGCAUCGGCGGCUGCUGUUUUCGUCUAUGGUUUGAUCCCACAAAUAUUUGCUUACGCUAUGAACUUCCCCAUACAAAAAUUCCUCCAAUCUCAAAGCAUUGUAACUCCAAGUGCGUACAUAUCAGCUGCCACGCUUGUGGUGCACCUUCUGCUAAGUUGGCUAGCAGUGUACAAGCUGGGUUUGGGGUUGAUAGGUGCUUCUCUGGUGCUCAGUCUGUCAUGGUGGAUUAUAGUGGUGGCCCAGAUUGUGUACAUCUUAAUGAGUGAAAAGUGUAAGCUUACAUGGGCUGGGCUGAGUUUGCAGGCCUUUUCUGGGUUAUGGGACUUCUUGAAAUUGUCAGCUGCUUCGGCCGUGAUGCUGUGCUUGGAGACGUGGUACUUUCAGAUACUGGUCUUGAUUGCUGGUUUGCUGGAGAAUCCUGAGCUUGCAUUGGACUCUCUUUCUAUCUGCAUGGCUAUAUCUGGGUUGUUGUUCAUGGUUUCAGUCGGGUUCAACGCAGCUGCAAGUGUUAGGGUCAGCAAUGAGCUGGGAGCCGGGCAUCCCAAGUCGGCGGCAUUCUCGGUUGCCGUAGUGACUUUGGUUUCCUUCGUCAUUUCUGUAGUGGAAGCUGUUGUUAUUUUAUCUCUACGGGAUGUAAUAAGCUAUGCAUUUACGGAGGGUGAGACCGUGGCAAAAGCAGUGUCGGAGCUUUGUCCGCUUUUAGCUGUAACUCUUAUUCUUAAUGGGGUUCAACCUGUCUUAUCUGGGGUGGCUGUUGGAUGUGGAUGGCAAGCAUUUGUAGCUUAUGUGAACGUGGGAUGCUACUACGUGGUUGGGAUUCCAUUGGGCUGUGUUCUUGGUUUUAAGUUUAACCUUGGUGCAAAGGGAAUAUGGUCCGGGAUGAUAGGAGGAACAGCGAUGCAGAGCAUCAUUUUGUUGUGGGUGACAUUUAGAACAGAUUGGAACAAAGAGGUGGAGAAAGCAAGGAAGCGGCUGGACAGAUGGGAAGACAAGAAGGAGCCUCUUCUUAGUUAAGAACUAAUUAUCGAAGAGAUUAUUAAGCUUGCCUACAAUGCAUAAAAAAUGAAGAAAUAUUGGGUGAGAAAUUGAUUGACCCUAAGCUUAAUACUGCUACUACCAUGGCGUUUUGCUCUUGCUCUAAUAAAAUGGCUUGCUACAAGUUGUUCUGAUAGUUUUUCAUGGGCUAUAUAUAAGCUUUGAAAUAUUGUUGGCUUUGACUCUUGGUUCAGAAUCGAGGUUUGUUUGAUUGAUUUAUUCAAUGAAAUAAAAACUACAUAUGUUCCCAUUGUGCUCUAAUUUAU